AUGUCUCCUAAAUUCUUUUUAGCUGUUUUCAUCACGAGUGUUGGAUCGGGCUUCCAGCACGGGUACCACACUGGUGUUGUCAAUAUUCCUGCAGAGGUCAUAAGGGAAUGGAUCAGUCUUCUCAAAACCCUCCAUGAGGACUCUACAGAAUUAGAUGUGAUUUGGUCGACAACAGUGGCAAUUUUUUCGCUUGGGGGGAUAAUUGGAUCGCUAAUGAUUGGAUUUUUUGGGGAUACUUGUGGCCGAAAAAGAAGCCUAUUUUGGAAUAAUUUCAUCAUUCUGGCGGCAAUUCCAGUUAUGGCUUUUUCUAAGAAAACCGAAUCGUUUGUAAUGUUCCUCAGUGGAAGGUUUUUCUCCGGGAUUAAUGCCAGUCUAAAUGCUGGUUUAUGCCAAAUGUAUUUAACCGAAAUCUCCCCAGAUAAAAUCAGAGGAGCGGUUGGGAGUCUUUAUCAUUUUGUGUACGUUUGUUCUAUUGUGAUGUCACAAAUCGCCGGUUUUUUGCUUGGAAGUGAUGAAAACUGGCCGUAUAUUUUCGUAAUCCCGGCUUUCCCAGCACUCCUUCAGCUUUUUUUACUUCCAUUUUGCCCCGAAUCGCCAAAAUUUCUCUUAAUCACACAGGGAAAAGACAGUGAAGCUACAAAAUCACUCCAGAAGCUUCGGGGUCGUGAGGAUAUCACUCACGAGUUACGGUUAUUGGAAGAAGAGGAUAGUUUAGUCAAACAAAUGCGUGGUUCCUCUCUGAAGAUGAUUUUUCAAAAUCCGGCUAUGGCUAAUGCCUUGCUUUGUUGCAUAGUCCUAAAUAUGGCACAACAAAUGUGUGGCAUUAAUAUGAUAGUGUAUUAUUCGACUCACAUUUUUGACGAGAUGAAAGUAGGUGCGUUAGAAUCAUUAUUCCUGAUUGUUGGAAUGAGCACAUUUUCGGUUAUUAUAACCCUUGGUUCGGUUUUAACCGUUGAUUCUUUAGGUCGGCGUACUUUGAUUGAGAUAAGCCUGUUGGGACUUAUUGUCACAACUAUACUUAUGAUUUUUUCAUUUCAGUUUUUUGAAUAUGGACUAUGCAGUAUGAAAUAUUUCUACAUUUGCUCCGUUUAUUUGUUUAAUGGUUUUCAUUCUGUUGGUCUUGGAACAAUUCCGAGAUUUAUCACCGCAGAAAUGUUUCCUCACACUUCGAGAACUAUAGCAAUAUGUGUAACUCUUGCUGUGAGUUGGUCGGCUAAUUUUUUGAUCGGAGAGGGAGCCCUAAUCCUGAGGAGAGAAAUCCGAUCGUACAUUUGUAUCAUCUAUAUUUUCUUGGACUUGGUGUUUUUCCUCAUUUUGCGACAGCGCUUACCCGAAACUUCAAAACUUAGUGCUAAAGAAAUAAUAAGUAUGUACGAGUACAAUAGGGAACAAUAA